AUGGGUGUUGUGGUUGUGAACUCCGGUGGGUUUGAGGUUGUUCCGGCUCCUUUCGAAGGAAAACCAGAGACCAACGGCAAAGGAGAUAAAGUCUCCAUCAAGUUUGGUUCACUCGGUGAGUCGCCAAAGAAAGCAGCCCAAGAGAAUAACAACUACAACAACAAUGUGUUGAUCUCUGAUGUACCUAAAGAUGUAGCAGAAGAGUGGCCUGCAGCGAAGCAGAUCCACUCUUUCUACUUUGUUAAGUACCGUCAUUUCGACGACCCUAAGAUCAAAGCUAAGCUUGAACUAGCUGAGAAGGAGCUUGAGAAGUUGAACAAAGCCCGUGCUGCUGCUUUCGAGCAGCUGAAAGUUAAGAAGGCGGAGAGAUCGGAGUUAUUUGACCUGUUGGACCCGUUGAAGACCGAGCGUCAGGGGUUCAACGCCAAGUUUGAUGAGAAAAGAAAGGAGAUGGAACCAUUGCAGCAGGCUCUGGGAAAGCUAAGGGGUAAUGAUGGUGGUAAUGGCCGUGGACCUGCUAUAUGUUCUUCAGAAGAAGAGCUGAACAAUAUGAUAUACAGCUACCAAUAUCGGAUUCAACACGAAAGCAUUCCAUUAACCGAGGAAAAGCAGCUUCUCAAAGAGAUUAGGCUGCUUGAAGGGACAAGAGAUAAGGUCAUUGCUAAUGAGGCUGUGAGAGCCAAGAUCAAAGAAUCUAUGGGUCAGAAAGAUGAUAUCCAAGGUCAAGUUAAGUUAAUGGGUGCUAGCUUGGACGGAGUGAAGAAGGAAAGGCAAGCAGUUUCAGCAAGGAUUAAUCAGCUGAGUGAGAAAGUGAAAGCAACCAAAGAUGAGAUUCAGGUCUUGGAGAAUGAGCUGAAGACUGUGAGUGAAAAGAGAGACAAAGUUUAUUCAAACAUUCGUGACAUUAGGAAGCAACGGGAUGAGAUGAAUUCAGGGUUCUACCAAGGCCGUAAUGUGUUGAACAAAGCUAGAGACUUGGCUGCACAAAAGAACAUAGACGAGCUUGAGGCCCUGGCCAAUGCCGAGGUUGAGAAAUUUGUCUCCCUCUGGUGCAGUAAGAAGAAUUUCAGAGAAGAUUAUGAGAAGAGAAUCUUGGCAUCACUUGAUGCUAGGCAGCUCAGCCGAGAUGGCCGGAUGAGGAACCCUGAAGAAAAGCCUCUGCUUAGUCAAGCGGCACCACCAAUGGCAAAGGCCGUACCUUCUGAAACCAAGGUGGUCCCUAAAGCUAAGGCAAAGCAGCAGCCAAAGGAGGAACCAGUUUCUGCACCUGAAUCAGAUGCUGCUCCUGUUGCUCAGAAGCCUGAGAAAGUGAAAGAUGCAGUGCAAGUAAAGAAUGUUGUUGUUGAUGAUGAUGAUGAUGAAGUAUAUGGUCUUGGAAAGCCGCAGAAAGAAGAGGAGAAAAAGAUAGAUGAAGCUACGGUGAGAGAGAUGAGAAAGCAAGAGGAGAUUGCUAAAGCCAAGCUAGCCAUGGAAAGGAAAAAGAAGCAGGCAGAGAAAGCUGUUGCUAAAGCUGCGGAAAGAGCUCAAAUGGAAGCUGAGAAAAGAGAGAAAAAGGAAAUUACUGAGCAAGAGAAGAAAGCCAAGAAGAACGUUGUUGCCGAGGUUAUCUCAGAAGAAGUUCCAGAGGCUUCUGAUGCUGAGAAGGAGAUUGAAGCUCCAGUGAAGGAGAAGCCGCAGAAGGAGAAACCAAUAAGGAACAGAAUCCGUAGUAGAGGAGGACCAGAAACACUCCCAAGAGCAAUCCUCAAGCGUAAGAAGUCGACUAGUUACUGGGUUUGGGCUGCAGCUGCUCUUGUGGGACUAAUACUUCUUGUCUUGGGUUACUACUAUGUUCUCUAG